AUGGCGACCGAUCCCUCUAUCCCACGAAAGCUAUGGGAGCAUCCCGAUCCAAAGAACACGCAAGCCUGGAAGUUUAUGGAAGCGGCGAAUAAGCGGCAUGGAUUGCGCAUGCAGUCCUGGGAUGAACUACAAAGAUGGUCUGUCGACCGCCGCGCCGACUUCUGGGGCCUUCUCUUCGAUGAGCACCCCAUCAUCCAUUCCGGAAGCUACGAGCGAGUAGUCGACGAAAGCGCCCGGAUGGAUUCGAUCCCCGUCUGGUUCGACGGCGUCAAGGCGAAUUGGGCCGAGAACAUGCUCUACUGGCCCGACAAGAAAGAUCCCAGCAAAGUGACUACUCACAGGAAAGAAGACCACCGCACUGCGUGUAUCGAGGUUCGUGAAGGCUGUACGGAAAUUCGACAUGUGACCUACAAACAGCUCCGGCAGCAGGUGGGAGAAUUGUCGAAUGCAAUGCGUGCUCGAGGGGUGAAGAAGGGCGAUCGCAUUGGUUUGGUGGCGAGUAAUUCGUUCGACACGUUCACCGUGUUUCUUGCUACGACUGCUCUGGGCGCGAUCUUCUCUUCGAGCUCCACUGAUAUGGGGACCGCCGGAGUGCUGGAUCGACUGAGGCAAAUCACGCCCAAGUACAUUUUCGUCGAUGACUGGGCUGUCUACAACGGCAAGACUGUCGAUCUACGACCAAAGAUGAAGGAACUGGAGGCUGGCAUGAAAGGCAUCUCUGAAUUCAAAGGUCUCAUCAGCCUACCCCGAUGGCAAGGCAAAGCAGCGGAUGUAUCGGGGGUGCCACGAUGCGAGACGUUUGCCAACCUUCUCCGCGAAGCCAAAGGGGACAAAACCUUGACAUUUGAGAGGAUUGGUUUCAUGGAUCCAUUCCUGAUCGUCUAUUCGUCUGGAACCACUGGAAUGCCGAAAUGCAUCACGCACGCGGGCGGCGCAGUCGCAUUGAAUGCUCAAAAGGAAGGCAAUCUCAUGCGGAACUAUGGGUCCUUUGAGCCCGAAGAUCUGUUGACACUACAGUACACCACUACUGGCUGGAUCAUGUACCUCGCUUCGUGCAUUGCCAUGAUUGCUGGCUGCAGACUCGUCUUCUACGACGGCUCGCCUUUCCAGCCCGAUAUCAAGACUUUUGUCAAACUCUGGGGCGACCUAAGAGUGUCUAACUUGGGGCUCUCGCCGCGCUACUUCCAGACCCUUGCAACCGCGAAGCCCCCGGUGAACCCGCGGGAUGUGACCGACCUGAGCAAUCUCCGCGGAGUGACGAGCACGGGCAUGGUUUUGUCCGAUGUUCAAUUCGAGUGGUUCUACGAUGAAGCCUUCCCUCCGCAUACAUUACUCGAGAACAUUGCUGGUGGGACGGAUCUCGGUGCGUGCUUCACGAUGGGCACUAUGAUGAAGCCGCUAUAUAUGGGCGGCACCAUGACCCCGGCCCUUGGGAUGAAGAUUGAAGUCUACGAUCAGACGAGUGAAGGUGGUCGAGGAGUGAAAGGCAAGCCACUACCUUUGGGAGAGCAAGGAGAGCUGGUCUGUACUCGAGGAUUCCCCACGCAGCCUGUGCAGUUCUGGGGUGAUCCAUCCGGCGAGCGAUACUUCAAAGCCUACUUUGAGCGCUUCGACAAUGUCUGGACACACGGCGACUUCAUCUCCAUCCACCCCAAGACGGGACAAGUCUUUUUCCACGGUCGAGCAGACGGCGUUCUCAAUCCCAGCGGUGUUCGAUUCGGCAGCGCCGAGAUCUAUAACGCUAUUGACAAUGCCCUCGCGGACGAAAUCCAGGAUAGCCUAUGUGUUGGUCAACGCCGGCCUCAGGACAUGGAUGAGAGCGUGAUGCUGUUCUUGCUGAUGAAGCCGGGGAAGAAGUUUACGCAAGAUCUGGUGAAGCGGGUAAAGGAUGUCAUUGCUCGGGACUGUGGGAAGAGGUGUGUGCCAAAAUAUGUGUUUGAGACUCCUGAGAUUCCGACAACGAUCAAUUUGAAGAAAGUCGAAUUGCCCGUCAAACAGAUUGUCUCGGGCAAAGUGAUCAAGCCGUCGGAUACGUUGGCCAACAAAAAUUGCCUGGACUAUUACUAUCAAUUUGCCAAAGUGGAGGAGUUGGUGCCGCCGCGAGGCAAGCUGUAG